AUGGCUAACAGAUCAUCAUCCCUGCUGCAAUUGCUGGUCGUGGUAGUAGUGGCGGCGCAGUUCCUCGGUUCGGAAGCCGGCGGUAUUUCCAUCUACUGGGGCCAGAAUGGUGGCGAGGGAACGCUUGCGGAGACCUGUGCCACCGACAACUACAAAUUUGUCAACAUCGCCUUCCUUGCUGCCUUUGGCAAUGGCCAGCCACCAGUCCUCAACCUGGCAGGCCACUGCGACCCGACCAAUGGCGGCUGCACGAACCUAAGCUCCGACAUCAAGUCUUGUCAGAGCCGUGGUGUCAAGGUGAUUCUCUCCAUCGGUGGCGGGGCCGGCAGCUACUACCUUUCCUCGGCCCAGGACGCCAAAAAUGUCGCGACGUACUUGUGGAACAACUACUUGGGAGGUAAGUCAUCUUCGCGGCCUCUCGGCGAUGCAGUCCUCGACGGCAUCGACUUCGACAUUGAGGGUGGCACACCCCUACACUGGGACGAUCUUGCGAGGUUCCUCAAAGGUUACAGCAACUCCGGCAGGAGAGUAUACCUGACUGCCGCGCCACAAUGCCCUUUCCCUGAUGCAUGGGUGGGUGGCGCCCUCAACACCGGCCUCUUUGACUAUGUGUGGGUGCAGUUCUACAACAAUGCACCCUGCCAGUAUAUCUCAGGUAGCACUACCAAUCUAGCCGAUGCGUGGAAGCAGUGGUUGACAGUUCCAGCAAAGCAGAUCUUCCUCGGCCUCCCAGCGUCACCUCAGGCUGCCGGCAGCGGGUUCAUCCCGGCCGAUGAUCUGAAGUCAGAUGUUCUCCCAUUGAUCAAGAGCACAGGAAAAUAUGGAGGGAUCAUGUUGUGGUCCAAAUACUAUGAUGACCAGGAUGGCUAUAGCUCCUCGGUGAAGAGUGAUGUUUGA